AUGGAGUCCUUCGUCAUUCGAACCCCUUGCUCCUCGGCCAACAUUGGCCCCGGCUUCGAUGUGAUCGGCCUGGCCCUGUCCCUCCACAUGGAACUCCACGUCAGCGUCGACUCCUCCAAGACCUCGUCCGAACUUCCAUUGAACUGCGCCAUCACCUAUGAGGACCUUAGCAAGAGCGCCGAGCAGAUCUCGCUUGAUCCCGAGGUCAAUCUGAUCACCCGCGUAGCUUUGUAUUUGCUGCGAUGCCACGACCAGCGUGCCUUCCCCGUUGAGACCAAAGUACAUAUUAUCAACCCCAUUCCGCUGGGUCGGGGUUUGGGAUCGUCGGGUACCGCAGUGGUGGCCGGUGUCAUGCUGGGCAAUGAGGUCGGCAAGUUGGGUUUGAGCAAGGAGCGUCUGCUCGACUACUGCUUGAUGAUUGAGCGACACCCCGAUAAUGUGGCUGCCUCACUGUUUGGAGGCUUUGUCGGUACCUACCUCAAUGAGCUGAAGCCCGAGGACGUUGCGCGGAAAGAGAUUCCGCUUAGUGAAGUGUUGCCCGCUCCGGCUGGUGGCAUUGAUACCGGUUUCAAGCCCCCGGAGCCCCCUCUGGGAAUUGGUCACUACCGCAAGUUUAACUGGGCUCCCGAAAUCAAGGCCAUUGCCAUCAUUCCCGACUUCGUCGUGCCCACCGCCAAUGCUCGCAACGUGCUCCCGGAGACCUACUCCAGAGCCGAUGUCGUCUUCAACCUCCAACGCGCAGCCCUGCUUCCCGCGGCGUUGGGAACUUCCCCGCCGGACCCUGACAUGAUCUUCCUGGCCAUGCAGGAUAAGGUGCAUCAACCAUACCGCAAGACUUUGAUCCCCGGUCUGACCGAGAUUCUGCAAUCCAUGACCCCGGCCACCCAGCCAGGUCUGCUGGGUAUUUGUCUUUCCGGGGCGGGUCCAACCAUCCUGGCCCUGGCCACCGAUCGAUUCACCGAGAUCGCAGACCGCAUCAUCGCUCAGUUCGCUACUAAUAACAUCACCUGCCAGUGGAAGCUCCUCGAGCCCGCACAGGCUGGUACCACCGUGAGCCCUAACUAA